AUGUCUGAGCCAGGAGACCUGAGUCAGACCAUAGUGGAGGAAGGUGGGCCUGAGCAGGAGACGGCCACUCCAGAGAACGGUGUGAUUAAAUCUGAGAGUCUGGACGAGGAGGAGAAACUGGAAUUACAGAGGCGGCUGGCAGCUCAGAACCAAGAGAGAAGAAAAUCCAAGUCAGGAGCAGGAAAAGGUAAACUGACUCGCAGCCUUGCUGUCUGUGAAGAGUCCUCGGCCAGACCAGGAGGGGAAAGUCUUCAGGAUCAGGAAUCAAUUCAUUUACAGCUUUCCAGUUUUCCCAGCCUGCAAGAGGAGAAUAAAUCUAGGAAAGAUGACUCUGAAAGAGAAAAAGAAAAGGAUAAAAACAAAGAUAAAACCUCUGAAAAACCCAAGAUCAGAAUGUUAUCAAAAGAUUGCAGCCAAGAAUAUACGGAUUCUACAGGCAUAGACUUACAUGAGUUUCUGAUUAACACGUUAAAGAAUAAUUCCAGAGACAGGAUGAUCCUCCUGAAAAUGGAGCAGGAAAUUAUUGAUUUCAUUGGUGACAACAAUAAUCAUUAUAAAAAGUUUCCUCAGAUGUCAUCCUAUCAGAGGAUGCUUGUCCAUCGAGUGGCCGCUUACUUUGGGCUGGAUCACAAUGUGGAUCAAACAGGGAAAUCGGUCAUCAUCAACAAGACCAGCAACACAAGAAUACCAGAGCAAAGGUUUUGUGAACAUUUAAAAGAUGAAAAAGGUGAAGAAUCCCAGAAGCGGUUUAUCUUGAAGCGAGAUAACUCUAGUAUUGAUAAAGAAGACACUCAGCAAAGCAGAAUGCAUCCAUUUAGAGAUGACAGACGAAGUAAAUCAAUUGAAGAGAGAGAAGAGGAGUAUCAGAGAGUGAGGGGGAGAAUAUUUGCACAUGAUUCAGUUUGCUCCCAGGAAAGCCUCUUUGUGGAAAACAGUAGGCUCUUGGAAGACAGUAACAUAUGCAGUGAGACCUAUAAGAAAAGACAGCUCUUUCGGGGCAACCGAGAUGGCUCAGGAAGAACUUCGGGAAGCAGGCAAAGCAGCUCCGAGAAUGAACUCAAGUGGUCCGACCACCAGAGGGCCUGGAGCAGCACAGACUCCGACAGCUCCAACCGCAACCUCAAGCCGGCCAUGACCAAGACGGCGAGUUUCGGGGGCAUCACGGUGCUCAGCAGGGCUGACAGCACGUCCAGUAGCAGAAGUACCGGGAAGCUGUCCAAAGCAGGUUCCGAGUCCUCCAGCAGUGCAGGCUCCUCAGGAUCGCUGUCACGCACGUAUCCGCCUCUCCAGAGCACUCCGCUGGUCUCGGGCGUGGCAGCCACUUCUCCUGGCUGUGUGACCUACCCAGAGAACGGGAUGGGGGGCCAGGUCGCUCCCAGCAGCGCCAGCUACAUCCUCCUUCCCCUCGAAGCUGCCACAGGCAUCCCGCCCGGAAGCAUCCUCCUUAAUCCACACACAGGCCAGCCCUUCGUGAAUCCUGAUGGAACCCCCGCCAUCUACAACCCCCCAGCCAGUCAGCAGCCCCUGCGUAGCGCGAUGGUGGGGCAGACCCAGCCGCAGCCCCAGCAACAGCCCUCUCCACAGCCCCAACAGCAGGUCCAGCCAGCCCAGCCGCAAAUGGCCGGCCCCCUGGUCACUCAGUCUGUCCAGGGGCUGCAGGCUUCCUCCCAGUCCGUGCAAUACCCAACUGUGUCUUUUCCUCCCCAGCAACUCCUGCCCGUGUCUCCAACGCCGCAGUUCCCCCUGAGAGAGGACGUGGCCACACAGUUCGGCCAGCUGACCCUGAGCCGGCAGUCUUCAGGGGAGACUCCCGAGCCCCCCACAGGUCCCGUCUACCCACCAUCCCUCCUGCCUCAGCCCACCCAGCAGCCAAGCUACGUCAUCGCUUCCACGGGUCAGCAGCUUCCCACGGGGAGCUUCUCUGGCUCCCAGCAAGUCCUCCAACCCCCUGCCUCGCCACAGGGAUUCGUGCAUCAGCCUCCACCCACACAGAUGCCUGUGUAUUAUUAUCCGUCUGGUCAGUACCCUACCUCAACCACGCAGCAGUACCGGCCUAUGGCCUCGGUUCAGUUCAGCGCUCAGAGGGGCCAGCAAAUACCGCCAACGGCGCAGCCAGCAGGUUACCAGCCAGUCUUGUCUGGUCAGCAGGGGUUCCAAGGCCUCAUGGGGGUGCAGCAGCCACCUCAGAGUCAGGGCGUGAUGAGCAGCCAGCAGGGAACUCCAGUGCAGAGCGUGAUGGUCUCCUACCCAGCCGUGUCUAAUUAUCAGGUGCCAAUGACCCAGGGUUCUCAAGGACUGCCCCAGCAGUCGUACCAACAGCCACUCAUGCUCCCUACCCAGGCAGGCCAAGGCUCCCUCCCGGCCGCUGGAAUGCCCGUGUACUGUAACGUCACCCCGCCGACCCCUCAGAGCAGCCUGAGGCUGGUGGGCCCGCACUGCCCCUCGAGCUCUCUCCCCGCGGCGUCGGCCAGCUGCAGGACCAACUGUGCCAGCGUGAGCAACGCCGGGUGGCAGGUCAGGUUCUGA